CUAAUAUAGUCCAAACUAUCGAAAGUUCCGUUUAGAAAAAGAGAAAACUUAUGUGAAACGGAAAAAGAAGACGACUGCUGCAGUUAACGACACUGAACAUCGGGUACUAAAUUAGUUUUAGGCGUUCGUGUUGCAAGCAGUUUGGCAGAACGGCGCGGGUUUGCCGGAAUCCGAAACUUUGUGGCAAAGCAACAACGAGGUCGAAGAUCAUCGGCGAUUGAAAUUCGUCAACGAAACCAUGUCGGAAACGGACGAAUUGGAGAAUAUGGUAUUAAGCUUCCGAGUUUCUGAACUGCAGAUGCUAUUGGGGUUUGCUGGUCGAAAUAAAUCAGGUAGAAAAAACGAGCUUCAAGCACGUGCCUUGGAGCUUUUACGUCUGAGAUCGCAUCCUGUACAAUUAAAAAUUCGUGAAUUGUACAAAACUAUACAAGCAGAUCAACUUGCUGCACACCAAAUGUAUGGUCAAAGUGAAGGUGUAUCCGAACAACAGAUUGAACGAAAUCUCUUAUCUAGAAAUUAUUUUACAAGACAAGGUCAUGCACAAGCUAUGAGUCAACAACAACAAUCACAACAAUCUGUGUCUGCUACUAAAGAUUUACCACCUGCACAUCAAGCAUCCAUUCCACAGUCCCAAGUAGCUCAGAGGUCAACAUCAGUUUAUCAAAAUCCUGGUUAUACUAGUGUAACACCACAGACACGAUCAACCAAUGCACUGUAUCCAAAUUAUGCUGCCUUUGCUCAACAAAAAGUUAUUCCUAUACCAACACCAUUACAAAUUCAACCCAAUCAAUAUCCAGUUCAUCCAGAUGUUAAAUUAAAGAAAUUACCAUUCUUUGAUUUACUUGGAGAAUUAUUAAAACCAUCAAGUUUAAUGCCACAAGGAACAAUGAGAUUACAAGAAAAUUCAUUUGUUUUCCACUUAACUCCACAACAAUCAACAGACAUCGCGAGUUCACGCGAUUGUCGACAAGGAAGUAAAAUGGAUUAUACUGUACAGGUACAAAUGCGAUUUUGUUUACAAGAAACUUCAUGCGAACAAGAAGAUUAUUUUCCUCCUAGUAUAAAUGUUAAAGUCAAUGGUAAACUGUGUCCUUUACCAAAUCCAAUUCCUACUAACAAACCAGGAGUUGAACCGAAAAGGCCACCUAGGCCUGUAAACAUUAGUCCGUUAGUUAAAUUAUCUCCAACAGUAGGGAACCAAAUUACAGUUUCAUGGUCUGCUGAUUAUGGUAGAAGAUACGCAAUUGCUGUAUAUCUCGUACGGAAACUAACGAGUUCAGAACUUUUAACAAGAUUAAAAAAUAGAGGAGUUAAACAUUCAGAUUAUACUAGAGGAUUAAUUAAAGAAAAGUUAAACGAAGAUGCAGACAGUGAAAUUGCAACAACAUCUCUAAGGGUAUCAUUAGCCUGUCCUUUAGGAAAAAUGCGUAUGAGUACACCAUGUCGUGCUUCAACGUGUUCUCAUUUGCAAUGUUUCGAUGCGUCAUUAUUUUUACAAAUGAACGAAAGAAAGCCAACGUGGAACUGUCCAGUUUGUGAUAAAUCAGCUUUAUAUGAUAACUUAACAAUCGAUGGAUAUUUUCAAGAAGUUUUAAAUUCAACUAAAUUGUUGCCAGACGUGAAUGAAAUACAAUUACUUCAAGAUGGUUCUUGGGAAAAUUUAGUGCUUAAAAAAGAAAAAGAUAAAGACAAGAGUGAUAAAAUUGAAGUUAGUCCAAAUCAUUCAAAACUUGAUAUUGAUGUUACAGUAGAUCUUGAUGAAAGUAAUCAUACACCUUCAACACCUGCACUGAAAGAGAAGAAACGUGCACUUGUCAUUGAUUUAAUUUCAGAUAGUAGUGACGAAGAUGAUGAUAAUAGUAUAACUCAAAGCUCCAAUAAGAAACAAGCUGUUUCUAUGUCAUCAAAACCACAGGCUAGUGCACAUAGUGCUAUAAGUAGUACAAGUGAUUCUCCUGAAUUAAUGAUAAUUGAUUUAGAAUAAGAAUGAAGUUUAUAUUUUAUUUUCGUGAAACAUGGAGUUUACGAAUGAAAAGAUAUACACACAGAAAAUACAAAUUGCUGUGUAUCAUUUUGUAUAAUUAAUGUGAAAAAUGAGCAAG